GAUUUGGAUACUGUAGAAUACAAAGUAAUUUUAGACGUUAAAAAAGAGAGAACGAAGAUACAAUUGUCCAGUUGCUCUGAGAUAUUUAUGAAACUCUUAGGUGAACAAUUCAGAUUAGUAGAAAAGGACAAUGCAGCACAUGAUCUGUCAUUAUUCAUUAAUCUCGCUUAUUUGCAGAAGGAUUAUAUUUCUGAAGAAGAAGGAAAGAUUGUUGUUUAUAUGACUAGCUGCGGAGUGGUGCAUUCUACCUGGGAACGCUGUCAUGCUGCUGUUGUGCUGUUGCAGAAUCUGAAUAUAAAAGUUGAACUACGCGAUUUGAAUCUUGACACCAAUCUAGUUGAUGAACUCAUUGAUCGUCUACAAUUGGGAGAGCUAUUACCAUUUCAGGAAGAUCGGAACUUUGUUUACGACAAUUUACCGCUUAUAUACGUUAAUGGCUUUUAUUUCGGGGUAAAAAUUUUAUAUUCAUUUUUCAGUUUUGGCAGAAGAAAUUGCGAAACAUGCGAUGGUAUCGGUUAUACAUUAUGCCCAGAUUGCCGUGGUAGUAAACGUUCCAAACAUACCUUUCAUGAUCUGAUUUUACGCUGCGCAAAUUGCGAUGAAAACGGUAUCGUUCUUUGUAAGCAGUGCUUACAACAUCCUCGAUAA